AUGGGCUAUGGUCAACUCAAUGACAUGCAAAUAUCAGAGGUCGAGCCUAGGGUAAAGUUCUACGCCACAAAAUGGUGGGGUCACCCUUUAGGCGACGAUAAAGGUCCGAAUAUGUUGGCUAAAGGGCGCUUCCUUGCUGACUUGAUACUAGGGUUGAACUCCUGUACCAUAGUCUAUUGUGACGGAGAGAAAUGCCGAGAGAUCGGUGGUGCUAGGCCCGGUUACAAUGGGAUCUACAUAUCUCAAGAUAG